CGCAAACAGAGCCGUCAACCCAAGCACCGGUCACCUUGCUUGUGUGACCGUAUCUCUUCCACAUUUUCAUUAUAAAGAGAAGCUGAAUUACACCACAGUUGUCGCUCGCCGUCUCUUCCAUUUCUCCAACAAUCUAUGGAUUCAUCACGCAACCAAUUGCUGGGAAUCAACAAGCACAGCAAGCAAAUCCGCAAGCCGUCGCCGCCGCCUCCUCCGCCGCCUCGCCCGCCGCCUCCGCAAAUCUACAACAUCUGCAAGAACGACUUCCGGGCGGUCGUCCAGCAGCUCACCGGCUCGCCCUCCCGCGACUACCUCCACCCCCAGCCACCGCCCCAGCCGCGGCCUCCCAGCUCCCGCCUCCUCAAGAUCCGCCCGCCUCCGCUCUCCCCACCGCCUCCUCCUCCUAACCCUAACCCCCGUGCGCCGGCGUGGACCGGCUCCCCCGUCUCCGCCUACAUGAGCUACCUCGAGAGCUCCCUCCUUGGCCCGGCCUCCUCCUCUCGCCAUCCUCCCCCGCCGCCCUUUCCCUCCCCACGAUCCCUCGCGCUGCCAUCGCCGAGGGGGAUAAUGAGUCCGAACGCGUUCCUUCCCCCUCCGCCCACCUCGCCUCUUCUCUCUCCGAGUGGAUACCUGAACCUCUUAUCUCCCAAGUCGCCGUAUCCCCUGAUUUCUCCGGGGUUCCAGUACCCUCCGCCGCUUCUCUUCUCUCCGUUGCCGCAUCCGGAAACGUUGGGAGCUGGAACAUGGCGCGGCCUUCAGGAACCGCCGUCUCCCGGGCUCUUCUUCCCCCAAUCACCCUCGGGUUUCUUUCCAAAUCGGAGCCCCAGAUGAAGGGAGCAUGUUCUACUGCGCGUUCCCUUCUGCCCAGCAUUUGCUGGUGCUAAAAAUUCAAUUUUUUUAAAAAAAUAUUUCUAUAUAGAAGAAGUUCGAUAGAUAGCUGUUAUUGUUCUUUACUGGUCCAUCUUUCUCGGAGGAAGAUGAAGGAAUUGCUGAAAUUGUGACAGGCGAAGUUGUAGGUAGUAUAUUACUUUAGUUCCUCUGUUUCUGGAUUCUCUAGUUAAAUGUUUCCUGUAUUUAGCUUUCAUGAAUUGCCUCACAAAUGAUUCCUAUGCGAUUCA